CAUCUCUCUCUCUCUCUCUCUAAAAAGUCGUUUCCUUGGCGUGGAUCUUCGACCUCCUCUCUGCUCGAGCUCUCUCUCUCUCUCUCUCUCUCUCUCUCUCUAGGUUUCGAGUCUGUCACUCGAGAAUAGGGAUGCCCUGGUUAGAUCCGCGGCAAGUGCAAGGCAUGAGCGUUUGGUGACUUCGCCAUCUUUCGCGGGGCUGUCUCGAUUGAUGUCGAGCAUGUCGUGUCCGAGGUCAGAUCCGAAUCCCUCCCGAGUGCACCCGGCGCCCCUCCCGAUCGACCACUUCGACCGCCUCCCCGACCCCCUCCUUCUCCUCAUCUUCAACAGGGUCGCCGACGUCAAGGCCCUCGGCCGCUGCGGCGUCGUCUCCCGCCGGUUCCAUCACUUGGUCCCCCAGGUCGACACCGUUCUCGUCCGCGUCGAUUGCGUCAUCUCCGACGACGAGUCCGCCUCCCCUGUUCUCUCCGACAAGGCGCGCAACCCGCUCUCGACCUUCUUCCGCGUGGUUCUGGGCAACAUAGUGAAGCCUCUUCAGGCUCUUGGCUUGUUUUCCGGAGCGUGUAGGUCCCAGUUGGGUCCUUCCUCUUCGUCUUCCCUCGCCGUCGGAAGGGAAUGCGAUGGCGAAAUGGACCAAGGUGGCGUCACUCACCACUCUCCUACUCAGGUUUUGAAGAAUUUCAAUGAGAUUCGGUUCCUUCGCAUUGAAUUGCCGAGCGGGGAGUUGGGGAUUGACGGUGGGGUUUUGUUGAAGUGGAGGGCGCAUUUCGGGUCUACGCUUGACAAUUGUGUGAUUUUGGGUGCGUCUUCGGUUGUGCGGCCUCUUCCAUUCAAGAAUCUCGUGGGUUUUGAGAAUGGAACAGAUGCGGGUUGCGCCAAUGACGAUAAUGGAAGUAUUCCUGAGUCCUUCUACACAAAUGGAGGCCUCAAAUUGAGGGUUGUUUGGACAAUAAGCUCUUUGAUUGCUGCAUCUGCAAGGCACUACUUAUUGCAGCCCAUAAUUGCAGAGCACAAGACUCUUGAUAGCUUGGUUUUAACGGAUGCUGAUGGACAAGGAGUGUUGUGCAUGAACAGAGAGCAGCUCGAGGAGCUGAGGGUGAAACCCUUGUCAGCUUCUUCAGCUUCGAAGAGGACAUUAGUUCCUGCGCUCAAUAUGAGGCUCUGGUAUGCGCCUCACCUGGAAUUGCCCGAUGGGGUUGUACUUAAAGGGGCAACUUUGGUUGCAAUUAGACCUAGUGACCAGUCUGGGUUGAAGAAGGACAUGGCUGAUGGUUCUUGGAUUUCAACUGCAUUUGAGGAGCCUUAUGGAACUGCAGCUAGAAUGCUGGUCAAAAGGAGGACCUACUGCUUGGAGAUGAACUCAUUUUGAUGUACCCCUGGAAGUUCAGGGUAAGCUGAUUUCUUUAAGGAAAACAAGUUGUACCCUUCUGGUAGGUGAAGGAUCGGACCACAAUUUUGUCUGUGCUAAGCAGCAGCCGAUGCAGCUUCUACCGAGCCAAAAUGUGCUGUGUAUGGAAAGUACUUUUUGGGUGGCCCUAUACGGCAAGUUUCUUGUUCUGUAUGGGGCUCUGAUAAUGAGAUGCAUCUGCUCGUUAAUUUUCUCAGGCAUAUGCUUGCAAUGACUACGUGCAGCUAUAGAAAAUGAUGUUCUAUUCCUGAGUUUGUAGGCUUUUGAACUUAUCAUCGCAUGCUAUGUGAAUAGUGUAGUGAAGAACAUAUACUCUAGAAGUUCACUGACCAGUGCACUCUCCACGGCCCUUUGAGUUCCUGAUGCUCAUGCCAGCACAGUCGGUAGGGGUGAACUAUAAAGGAUUUGAAGGUGGAAUUCUGAGCUUAUGACGAGUUAUGGUAACAAAAAAAACGCAAGUUCUUAAUUGCAAGGGUGAUGUAGCAUGGAAUGCGGGAGUGUAGGCUCCAGUCCCACGGGACAGGGUGUGCAACGUCAUGUUUAACAACUUCAUCCUUCUUUCAAAGCUUGUUAUAUAGAAAAGCUGUAAUAGUCAAAGGGAUCAAUGAGACCUUGUGAUAUGAUGUAUGCUUGUAUCAGUUUUUCUUCGCCCC